AUGUCUGACAACGUCUACAUAGCCGUCCAUGGCGGCGCAGGCUUUCACGAACGAAAGUAUGAGAAAGAAAUCAAGCAUGCGUUGCAAAGGGCAUGCAAUGUCGCGUUAUCGAACUUGGGAUCGAAACAUUCUUCUGCGUUGACAAUGGUCGAAGAUGCGAUAUCAUCCUUGGAGGAUGACGAGCAUCUCAACGCAGGAUAUGGAUCGAAUCUUACGCUUGAUGGAACUGUUGAAUGCGAUGCCGCCAUCAUGUCGGGAAAGUCAGGUUGCUUCGGAAGCGUUGGUGCUGUAGCUGGGGUCAAGAACCCAAUCCGCUUAGCGAGAGCCGUCCUCGAUCAUUCUUCUAUCCCUUCGCCUAUUGGUCGUAUCCCACCUCUGACCUUGGUUUCCGAAGGAGCGAGACAGUUUGCUCUUUCGCAGCCAUCAAGCGCUCACUUGGUAUCUCGGGAAUCGCUUGUUUCCCCGCAGGCGGAAGAGCGUUGGAGGGUCUGGAAAUGUCGUUUUGCUUCUUCCGACCCAUCUUCUCUUUCCGGGAAUCUGAACGAUAUUCAGGAUACGGUGGGCGCCGUUGCUUGGCACGAGUCGGAUGGUAUGGCUGCGGGAGUAUCUAGUGGUGGGCUCCUUCUCAAAUACCCUGGCAGGAUUGGUGAGGCAGCCGUGUUUGGGGCUGGGUGCUGGGCCCAGGAAGCUUCGGAUGUCGAGCAAGGCAUGGAGAUGGCUUGCAGCAUAUCUGGUACGGGCGAGUACAUUAUCAGAGCGAUGCUUGCACGGAGAUUAGGCGAAGCCUUUGAAAAGGGUGCAGGGAAUUCUGAUGGUGACGACCCACAUGAAGUUCUCCAUGGAGUAUUGAACGAUCAAUUCUGGAACAUGCGUCGAGGACGUGGGGAACCAGACCCAAGCGUAGGGGUUCUGCUUCUAACAAGGGAAAACGAUGGUCGUGCGAGGUUGUGGUGUGCCUUCACGACGCCCACCAUGGCAAUUGCGUAUGUAUCUUCUAAGAAUCCCAAAGCAAAGGCAAUCAUCCUACGUCGCCCACAAAACAUUACGUUAGGAGACGACAAACCGUGCAUAUAUAUCACCGGAAUAUCUUUGUGA